UGUUCGCCCCGCGUCGCUGCGGGGAGGUAUUCCUGAAACCGCUCUGGAAGGGAGACGUUCUGUAUGUAUGGAAUCGCCGGAUCAUUUCGUCUGCUCUCGGCAGAGUGGAUAUUCUCUGCCGCAAGGGCAGGCGCCCGAGAGCUCUUCCACCCCCAACCUGAUGCAUCCUCUCCCCGCCGCAGUAAGCAGCAAUGAGCGCCACAGACGCCGGGCACUCUGCAUGCAUUCACUUCGUUGUCAUGAUUUUCUGUCAGGCUCUUCAUCGCAGCGUGGCCGUGAAUUCGGCGGCAUCCACCACCUGGGACAGCUCUGCGGCCCUCACCUGAGCUGCCUGGGCUACAGGAAGUCAACACACAACGUCCGCUCGCCCAGCAGAUCCCAUGAAGACCCUCUCAGUGAGCUCUUCUCGGUGCUGGAGGAGGAGGAGGCGCGGGGCGAGGACAUCAAGGCGGUUCACGGGCAGCUGCAGCAGAUGGAGGCCAUUCUGGCCGAUGAGGACGGCUCUGGAAGGCUGCUGGAGGGCAUGGCAGACGACGGGGUGGGAGGGAUGACGGUGCGAGAGGUCGCGGAGGGGGUGAGGGAGCUCCUGCCGUUCGUGACGGUGCAUGACGUCCGCAAGCACCUGGUUAGCCGCAUUGAGAGGGAGGGAGAGGCAGGGGAGGGUGGGCACGAUGACUGCGUGAGUACGGGAGGCCUCCGGCAGCACAUGGAGGGAUUCCUGCAGGCCAAGCGAGAUGAGCUGCAGGUAAGCGACACUUCACAUGUCAAUGCCCUCCCUUCUCAUAUGUGUGUGUGGCUGCAUGCAGGUGGUCGAGGCGGGUUUGAUCGGUCGCCGGGUGGCGUGUGAGCGUCGCGCGGAGGAAAUGCGGCAGCGGCUGAGGCGGCGGUACUGCACCGUCAUGUCGCGGCGGCUGGACGUCACGCCCAGCGAACAGCUGCUGCUCAAGAAAGACGGCGUGAGGAAGAUACUCAACACCAGGUGAGUCAGAGGCACAACAGGCAAGACAGAGAGAGAGAGAGAGAGUGAGAGAGAGAGAGAGAGAGAGAGAGAGAGAGAGGGAUGCAUUGCGCCUAUCGCACUUUGUCUGUCGUUCGUCAAUGCAGUCCUCGCCCGUUGGUCGACGCCCUGUUCCACCACUGCAUACUGACCCAGGACCAUGAGCAAGCAGCUGCCGACACCAACAACGGCAGCAGCAACGAGAUCCCCUCCCCCGCCCCUUUUCCCUCUCCGCGAACCAUCCACUGGCAAGAGAUCGAGGCCCUUUUCGACCUGCCGUCCCUCCGGAUGAUCCGAGAGUCAUACCUCUCGCCACCGUUCCUCUUCGACCUCAGCAGCGAUGAGUCGUCCCCCUCACGCCGGCGGUCCCGGCAGACGCGCAAGACUAUCGGAGGCGCCCUCGACGGAGGUCGGUCGCCGCCCUUGCUGCCCCCAAUGUUCCUCACACCCACGGUCCCAACGCCGACUAUCCAACGGCCCCGCAGCAACGAUUUCGUGGACAACAACGAGCAUCAGCAUGACCAUGGCGACGACGAGCAGUCAGAUGUGCCCCCGGUCAACGUGGGCAGCCCUUCGCGGACUGUACGGUCGGUGCAGUCGAGCUCGCCGACACGCGGCCACCGGUGCGUGGCGCUUGCAGUCAACAGGCCGCUGCAUUAUGUGGACAGCGGCGUGAGCGUGCCUGUGGUGCCGUAUCCGCCGUUCUGCAUGGGCGAGGGCGAGAAUGGUGACCGGUUCGCAGAGGGAGGGGGAGGGGGGGCGCUGCGUGCAUGAGCUGGACACGUGUGAUGCAUGAUGAUCGAUGGGUGAUGGGUGGGUGAUGGGUGGGCUGUUUGUUGUAGAGUGCGUACCUGCACACCUACACACACACACAGAUACAUACCUACACACACAGAGGUGUAUAGCUGGUCUGCACGGGCCUGCAUUGACUGCAUGGGUGCGCAUGGUGGAUGGAUGGAUGAAUGGAGGGAGGGACAGUGGACAGUACUGUCGUUGGGAAGAGACCGACCGACUGGGACAGACUGCUCGAACUGAUUCGCCAUGUGUCUGUACAUUUCCAC